CGUCAUUGUGGAGGAGAAAAAAGUACUUCGUCUCUGGUGCGAUUUCUUUUCGGUGGACUUUUCACCCCAUUUUAGGACUUCCUCGCCGAUAAAAACUAUCGCACGGGGUGUCGUGUGUGCUUGUGAAGUGUGUGGUGUACGAAACAAUCGCCCCAAUGUGGGGCCCCGGACGAUAUUUGCGAUACAAGAAAGCCAUUGAGAGAUUGGGGAAAAUUGCGUGGUCACUAGAGGAGAGAGCUUCAACGGCGUUUGAAGCUCUCGUGAGUGUUUGAAUGGAAUUAUGAACCAGGAUUGUCUAGCAUUCACUCUAACGCAGAUCAGUUAUUUGGUUUCUACCUUGAGCAAGAAGAAUUUCGAAAAGAACAGCCGACAACUUGACAAGCUCGUGCAAGAAUUCGGCUUGGAAGCGGACCGACAUUAUCUGCGUUGCUUAUUCUCAGCGAUUGACUUUGGGGACACCCAGAUAGCGAAGAACUCCAUCCAGGCGAAGCUCCUCUGUGGGAAUCUUCUCUUCCUCAUCGGACGACCGUCAUUUGUCUCGACCAUCUGCUACACCUUCGAGCACUACCUCACAUCGCCAUCACAGAAGACACUGAAAUUGUCACCAAAUUUUCUCAAUUCAGUGGCCAGAACGCUGAGUUUGUCCCAGAUCAAAGAAGUAGCAAUUGCCUAUUCGCUCCUCCAUUCAGCAAAUCCAGAACUUGCCAAAUACGCUGAACAACACUUGAAAACUUGCCUCCCAAAGUUCAUUCAGUCGUACAUUGAUAUUGAUUCAUCGCGACCGAAUCAAGAGGGAAGUUUGAACGAUAUCGCACCGGAAUUGCUUCAAUUGAUAAUCUCUGUGAUUUCACACGGAAAACACAAUCAAUUUGGACUAUCUGACGUGAUUUACAACAAAUUCAUCACACAUCUGUGCAGAGAUUUUCCACGGGAUAGAGUUCCCCUCAUCUUGGCACCUCUGCUGUACGGUGAGGAGACAGAAAUUGCUGCCGAUAGGGCGUGUGGAAGCAAUCAAGCCAUCAUGUCAAGUGGAAUAAUGGACACAUCGUGGGUGAAUCUCGUCAUGGACAUUGGAUAUGCAUUCACUGUGACUGUGGAGGAGUGCAAAAACCAUCUGAUAAAGGUGACUGGACGUGAGAUUAAUGCCCAGGAUGUGGCGAAGAUGUUGGCUGUCAUGUGUCGUACGCACAGCAAUCUCUCGGAUAGCAGCAUCAAUUUGCCCACUCCUAGUGCCUUCUGGUCUGCUUCGGGUGGUCAAGCGGGUGCCGUUGCGACUGGAAGUGGCACGGACGGUGCGAAGGACAAGGACAAGGCGACAGAUCAUGUGACAUGGAAGCCAGAUGUGUUUGUGCAAGCACUGAAGGAAGUGGUGCCCAAUUUGAGUUGGAAGGACGUGUGUGUGGCUCUAGAUCACCCUGAGUUUGUCCUCAAGGAUCGUGCUGGACUGAAUCUUCUGGUGACGACACUUCGUCUGGGAUUACAGUCAAUGACACCGGCUCAGAACUUCCCAGCCGAGUGUAUUUAUCGCCACUGGACAAAUACCGAAGGACAAUUGUCACUGAUAACGCUCAUUCUCAAAAAUGCUGACAUCUUCUCAUUCGCCGACUACAUCUUCACGUCAGUCUCAGUGGAGUUGCUGAAGACGCCACCAGAGACGGACAAUAAGGAGAUAAUGGCAUGGAAAUCGCUGCAUCUUGUCGAAGUGUUGCUGUUCAUUGCGGAGAAUGGCUUCUAUACACCCGCAAUGGAGCUGUUCAAGGUGCCAAUUCAACACUGUCCCGAUGUGUUGUUUAUGGCCCUGUUGCAAAUCAAUCCACCGCUAACGGUGCUUCGACAGGAGCUCUUCCAGACACUCAUUCCCAUCUUUCUGGGCAAUCAUCCCAAUUCUGGUGCAAUUCUGCAUCAUGCGUGGAAUUCAACGAGUCUCAAUCCAUCGCUCAGGCACAUUAUAAUGCACUCAAUGAGUGACUGGUAUCUGCGUGGGGAUAAUGAUCAAUCCCGACUGUCACGGAUUCUGGAUGUGGCGCAAGAUCUGAAGGCACUCUCCAAUCUGCUCAACGUGAGGUCAUCCUUCCAUUUUGUCAUUGAUCUGGCGUGUCUCGCCUCUCGGCGGGAGUAUUUGAAGCUGGAGAAGUGGCUCAGUGACAAGAUCCGGGAGCACGGCGAGACAUUUGUCCAGGUUAUGGUGAAAUUCCUCCAGAGACGGUGUCCACAGAUUGUGGGUGCCAAGAUCCUCGAUGAUCAGAUCCCGAAGGCGGCUCAAUUGCCUCAUGAGACGCUCAACACGAUGGUGUCAUGCCUUCAUGCGUGCAUUGGCAAUGUGCAGCCGGAACUCAAUGAAAUCAUCAUCACGAUGAAUGCCAAUUGCAAUAACUUGAUGAAGAUGCAGCAACGUCAGCCACCACCGCCGCCGAAUGUCUUGAGACAGCAUCGGGGAAUUGAGACACCCUUCAACACAUCCAGUCUCGGUGGACAGAUCUUCACUGCACCUUCUGUGGAUUCCUUUACGUCCAACAUGGCGGGAUUGAAUCUGGGUGGACCUGGCAAUGGAGCCUUCAACUUUGGUGUCCUGGGGAAUUUGAUGUCCACUCCGGCAUCGCCGUCGAGACUUCUCACGGCACCAUCUAAUAGUCCCUUCUCGAUUAUGCCGAUGCAGAAUACGCCGCAAGUGAACAUGGGCAGGAUUCAACCGACUCCAACGGGUGACAAGAUCACAAUGCCGCCCAACACUCAGCAACUGUUCACGGACGGCACUAUUACCGUGUCGAAGGAGGCAGAAGAUGAGGCGAAUAGUUACUUUCAGCGAAUAUAUAACCAUCCUCCUCAUCCUACGCUCUCUAUAGAUGAGGUGCUUGACAUGCUGCAGCGCUUCCAAGAGUCACGAAAUCGAUGUGAAAAUGAGGUAUACACGUGUAUGCUGAGGAAUUUGUUCGAGGAAUAUCGCUUUUUCCCUCAGUAUCCUGACAAAGAACUACAAAUCACUGCCCAAUUGUUUGGUGGAAUGAUCGAGAGGAAUCUGGUGGCGACUUAUGUGUCACUGGGCUUAGCUCUUCGCUGUGUUUUUGAUGCAUUGCGCAAGCCUGAGGGAUCUAAAAUGUACUACUUUGGUAUUACAGCUCUAGAUCGCUUCAAGAACAAGUUGCAUUUGUAUCAAAAGUACUGCGAGCACGUGAGGACAAUACCUCACUUCGAUCAAUUUCCACCACACUUGAUUGAGUAUGUGGAAUAUGGUGUAAAUGGUCAGGAACCGCCGAAUAAGCCACAAUCAUUGCCAUCAUCAAUGUCACAGAUGAUGCCAUCGAGUUCAACAUCUGCGCUAUACAGUCGCAGUAGUUCAGUGACAAGUAAUUUGACCACUACGCCCACGGCGAAGACCCCAAAUCCGACAAAUGCACCAGCAUCAUCUCUAACCACAUCGCGCGUGAAGUCCAUAGCGAAUGCUACGAAUAUUGAUACACUGCUGGUGGCCACGCAGGAUCGUGAGGAGAAGAUAAUAACACCACCGGAUGCUGUGCAGGAGAAGACGGCGUUCAUUUUCAACAAUCUCAGCCAGUUGAAUUUACAGCAGAAGUGUGAGGAGAUCAAGGAGAUCAUGACGAAGGACUAUUGGGCGUGGCUAUCGCAAUAUCUUGUGUUGAAACGUGCGUCAAUUGAGGUGAAUUUUCACAUUCUCUAUUCCAACUUCUUGGAUGCACUCAAGAUCUCAGAGAUUAAUCGUCUCGUGACGAAGGAGACGUUCCGCAAUAUUCGCGUGCUGCUGCGAUCGGACAAGAGCAUUGCCAAUUUCUCAGAUAGGAGUCUACUGAAGAAUCUGGGACAUUGGCUUGGAAUGCUGACGCUGGGUCGCAACAAGCCAAUUCUUCAUGUGGACAUUGAUCUCAAGUCUUUGCUGAUGGAGGCAUAUCACAAGGGGCAACAGGAGUUGCUGUAUGUGGUGCCUUUUGUAGCCAAAGUCUUGGAGUCGUGCGCCAAGAGUAAGGUUUUCCAACCGCCCAAUCCUUGGACGAUGGCCAUUAUGAAUGUCCUGGCGGAGUUGCAUCAGGAGCCAGAGUUGAAGCUCAAUCUCAAGUUUGAGAUUGAGGUGUUGUGCAAGAACUUCAACAUUGAUGUGUCGGACUUGAAGCCUGUGGUUUAUCUCAAGGAUUCGGACAAGGCAACCAAGAUUGAGUAUCAGUUGUCACAGCCGGGCAAAGUCAAAGAGCCCAUUCAGCCAAUUGCUCCACUACACAGCAGCCACGCCGCCGCCAGCACGUCUGCAGUCGUUGAGGAAGUCGCUCCGCCUCCAUCCACUCCUGCUAUUGCUUCCACCGGCGGAAAUGUGACGCCAAAUCAGGCGCUGGAUUCUCAAUCGGCGGCUUCGGGACCGCCAGAACCGAGAUUCAGCUACAUGGAGAUUUCGGUGUCCAACUUCUCGUGCAUCAAUAAUCUGAUGACAAUUUCACCGAAUAUCAUUCUCUUGCACACGCAACCGCAUCUCAAGGCACUCGUUCGCACGGCCAUUGAGCGCACCCUCACGGACUGGAUGACGCCAGUUGUGGAGCGCAGUGUGAAGAUCGCCACGACGACAUGUGAGCAGAUCAUCAGGAAGGACUUUGCCCUCGAUGGGGAUGAGAAUCGCAUGCGAACUGCGGCACACUAUAUGAUUCGCAAUCUGUCGGCGGGAAUGGCCAUGAUCACUUGUCGUGAACAACUGCUCUUGACCAUCACGACGAAUAUUAAGAAUGCCUUCAAUGCCGCCGUGACGCCACAGCACAAGGAGUUUGUGGAUGCGGCAGCAACACAGCUAGCCUCGGAUAACAUGGAGCUUGCGUGCGCCAUUAUUCAGAAGACUACAGUGGAGAAGGCCAUUCCGGAGAUUGACAAACGCCUGGCGAGUGACUAUGAAAUCAGGAAGGUGACAAGACAAGAGGGCAGAAGAUACUGCGAUGAGGCGGUGUACAAUUAUCACUGUGAGAACAUGCCGAAGAGGAUUAGGCUGAAGAUUGGUGGAAUAAGCAGUGAACAAUUUGCUGUGUAUGAUGAAUUCGCGAGGAAUAUUCCCGGAUUUCAACCGAUUAGUGAUCAGGAUUUGGCUCAUUUUCUGCCAACACAAACUUUCCAGCAGCAGCAACAACAGCAGCAGCAACAACAGCAGCAACAGCAACAACAACAGCAGCAGCAACAGCAGCAGCAACAACAGCAACAACAGCAACAGCAGCAGCAGCAACAGCAGCAACAGCAACAAGAGCCCAUCUCGAUGUCGACCUUUGCCACUCAGAUGCCACAGCAGAGUGUCGGCACGAAUCAGUUCUCUGGAUCGGACUUUGGGACUGCGUAUGAUGAUCUAGGCAGCAAAAUUGAGUCCUUCCUCAAUGGCACCAUGAAUAUCCCGGGAUUGCAGGUGCAGACGACAAAUAUGGCGUCAUUGCUGGAGUUUCUCAUGCAAGCCCGUCGCCAGAGGGACAACAUGAGUUCCAUCACGCUGCUCAAUAAGGCGGUGGAGGGUCUGCUGGAUGGCUUUGUCAAUGUGCCUGAUCAUGCUGAACACAUCAAGAUGUACCGUGACAUUCACUUGCGCGUGAUGAGAAUGAUGCAGGAUAGCCGUGCUUUUGGUGUGGUGACAACCAAUCGUAUCAUCACGAAGUAUCUGUUUGAGUGUCGUGAGGAGAUCAGAUACAAUCUGGAGGCAAUUGAUCUCCUCUUCACCAGCAAUUUCAUCAAUGUGCCCAACUUUGACAUCAUGCUAAGUCAAUUGAUGGAUAAUGGAAACAAUUAUCUGGCAGUGGCAUUUGCCAUGCAAUUAAUUCAACACUUCUUCAUUGAAGAGCGCCAGAAUACGAUGCUGAAUGAGAGUGACUUUGUCAACACCAUUGAUUUGUUGACGAGAAUUUCUGUACACCACCACAGAGCUCCUGAGGGUCUGGCUCACGUGAUGGAGAUCGUGCGACUUAAUCAGGAUCCCAGCAAUUUGCUCUCUAUUGAACGAAUGCAGAAUCCCCACAUCAAUUCGGGUAUUGUUCAAGUGAGGAACACAAAUGAAAUGGAAGAUCCGCCGGGAUUGAUCAGCAAGACUGAAUACUUGCUGAAGGACUGGGUGAACAUUUAUCACAAUCAGGCGCUGAAUCGUGAUCCGAUUAAGGUGUUUGGGAUGUUUGUCAGCAAGAUGAACAUUUGUGGAAUUCUGAAGACGGACGAUCUAAUCACGCGAUUCUUCCGCCAAGCCACACAGCUCUGUAUUGAUGUUGUGUACACAAACAUCAAUGAGGUGACAACAAUGCCAGCAAUGGGGAAAUCAAAGUGUUUCCAAUGGAUUGAUGCCUUUGUGCGUCUCAUUGCGCUACUGGUGAAGCAUUCUGGUGACACAGGCAAUGCCACGACGAAGAUAAAUCUCCUGAAUAAGGUUCUUGGCAUUGUGGUGGGAGUUUUACAGCAGGAUCAAGAGGUUCGCGGUGUCGCGUUCCAGCAGCUCGGCUACCAUAGGCUCUUCAUCAUGCUAUUCCUCGAGCUGAGCAAUCCAGAACCUGUGUUGGAGAACAUCAGUCUUCAUACUGUCACAGCAUUUUGCCACACAUAUCAUCUUAUUCGUCCAUCUGUGGCUCCUGGCUUCUGCUAUUCGUGGCUUGAGUUGAUUUCCCAUCGGGUGUUCAUUGGACGCGUGUUGGCGAUGAUACCACAGCAGAAGGGCUGGUCAAUGUACUCACAACUCCUGAUGGAUCUCUUCAAGUAUUUGGCACCAUUCCUGCGCAAUGCUGAACUGGCCAAACCUGUGACACUGCUGUACAAGGGAACUCUGCGUGUUCUUCUUGUUCUCCUUCAUGACUUCCCAGAAUUCCUCUGUGAUCAUCACUUUGGCUUCUGCGAUGCCAUCCCACCAAAUUGCAUUCAGAUGCGUAACAUCAUUCUGUCCGCUUUUCCACGUAAUAUGCGUCUGCCUGAUCCAUUUACGCCCAAUCUCAAGGUUGAUAUGUUGAAUGAGAUCGCCACAGCGCCCAGAAUUUUCACCAACUAUGUCGCAAACAUCCAACCGGCAACGUUCAAGAAGGACUUGGACUCGUACUUAAAGGCCAGAUCACCCGUGACAUUCUUGUCUGAGCUCAGGGGACACUUGCAAGUGUCUAAUGAGCCCGGAUCGAGGUACAAUAUACCGCUAAUGAAUGCACUGGUGCUCUAUGUUGGAAAUCAGGCGAUCACAUUGAUUAGAUCGAAAAAUCUCGUGCCGAACAUGACGACAAUUGUUCACAGCGCUCACAUGGAUAUCUUCCAGAAUCUAGCUGUGGAUCUGGACAAUGAAGGAAGGUAUCUCUUCUUGAAUGCCGUGGCCAAUCAACUGAGAUAUCCCAACAGUCAUACGCACUACUUCAGUUGCGUAUUACUGUAUCUUUUCGUGGAGGCAAAUUCUGAAGCCAUUCAAGAGCAAAUUACUCGUGUUCUUCUGGAGCGUCUUAUUGUUAAUAGACCACAUCCAUGGGGACUCUUGAUCACUUUCAUCGAGUUGAUUAAGAAUCCUGUGUAUAAAUUCUGGGAUCACGAUUUUGUGCAUUGCGCACCGGAGAUUGAGAAACUUUUUGAGUCCGUUGCGCGCUCUUGCAUGGUGGUGAAGGCCAACAAUCAGCAGAGUCUUAACAGUGUGGAGGCAGAGUUACAAGAGUGCAACUGAAAAGUGUUGACGAUAAAGUGUCGCCUUGAGGUAUUGAGUAGAGAGGAGUUUCCGAGGCACACUUUAUUGGAUUUUAUGCUGAACAAUGAUGAAAGUGGGAAGGUGGAGCGAAGGGAAGAAGACAAGGCGAAGAGAAAAAUUUAAUAAAUCGUGUAAAGUCCUGGCACACGUGUCGCCACGGAAAAAAACACACACACCGCAACGCAACGCAGAGAAAAAGUAGUUGAAGAGGAAGAGAAGAAGAAGGAUAUGAGGCCACCGAACAGCCUCCAAGUAUAUGGAGUUUUUUUUUAGAGCGAAGAAAUGGGGAGGAAAACGAUGCGAGGAAAAGUUAUAAUUUUUUAUUGUCUCACACACACACACACACAUACACGCGAGAAAUUGUAGAAAAGUAACGAAUAUGAAACGAAAGAAAAAUUUAAUAUCGAUUAAUUGUAAGUUGUCUAUAAGAAAAAAAAUCAGGUGGAUAAAAUUAUGAGAUGCAGAAGAAGAGAGAAGAUUUGUAAGAUUGAUGAGAAAAGCAGAAGAAAAAACACUGAAGUACUUUUUUUUCAAAAUCUUACCAUAACAGCCUGUGUGUGAAUUGUAAAAUAAACAUGAUAAAAUUAUAUAUAGACGAAAGUUUCAAGAUACGAUUGAGAGAAGUAUAUAAUCUGAGGAAAGUCUCUAUUCUAUAAAUAUUUUUAAAUGAAUCAUUGUUUAUUGGAUAUAUAUAUAGUUUAAUAAUAAUUCGAGCAACAAAAAAAAAUGAGAUAAAAUCACUUUUAGCAAGAUAGAUUUGAUUAUAAUGGGGUAGAGUAACAUUAUAUAAUGAAAUUGGAUAAGAAAUACAAUUAGUAAAAUGUGUUUUUAGAUUUAAAUAAAGCUGAUUUAAAAUGAA